AGCAAGCAUGGGUUCCCGCAAGAACAUACCGAUAGUCAAAGCUCUUCUGGCAGCCAUGUUUGCGCGUCAAUUGACCUUUUUUUUUUUUGGUUUGGGAGGUUUGUUUAACGGGCAAGCCACGGGCGAAAUUAUUGGCCGCGGGCUGAAAAGGCUCGGAUUGCGUUCUUUCGGCAGCCGGGAUCGGAGCUAGAAACCGUGGAUCUUGAUGUUGCCCCGCGGUUGGUUCCCGAGAAGCUCAAAUCAUUUGCUUGGCUAUUUCCCGUUCGGGUGUAAAUGAAUGCGAUCCAGAAUGUGGGGUUGGAGCUUCAACUUGGUUUGCGUUGGGCCUGGCCGUUUUCCAGAUGGCCUGUUGAAACGUUCUCCAUGCUUGCCUGCUUGCUGGCAGGGUGCUCCUUGAAGUUCAAUAUCAUAUCCCGUACCCUCUUAACGACAACCCGGAGCUGUAGGGCUGGAAAGGAAGGUGGCCUCAAGCGGAAUAUGGGGAUUAUCCUACCGCUAUGCCGUAUAUGUCUUCCACAUCGGACGGAGCACAAGCAUCUGCGCUUUAUAUGAUGAUGCCGCCGGACGCAAUGCAUGACGGACAUCUGAAACACAAGUCAGAAGAAGGCGGGAUGGCCUUCUCGAAAGGGUAUCCUGGCGCCAAAGACGGCUGGUCCGGGGAAAGCUGCGUUCUGAUGCCCACGGUGGCAGCAGGACCGGCUCUGACAGGUUGUGUGUGCUAAACAGAGAGGCAAGCGGCGCUUUUCCAACGAAAAAAGCUGACGGCGUGUGGCAAUGUAUGUAGGAGGAUAUUUAUUAGAGCAUCGCGAGUGGUGGACGGUGGUGGACAACCUGGAGCACAGCCCCUGAAACCCACCUCUCUGCUGGAGCUGUUCCAGCUCUGGGCCAACCGUUGUGCACCCACCUCAACGGCGCUUUGGCCAAGAUCACACCAAAAUAAAGACAACAAGAGGCUUUGGCUGUCGGGGUCUCAGGAUUAUCAACAGAAAAUCUCUCGGGGCUUUCGGUGCGCCAAACAGAUUGAUUUGUCUGGACGAAAAGUGCUGCGAGGCAUUAGGGGCAGUGUGUGUCCCACCGAACGGCUUGGCAAAGCUCCCCUGAACCAACCCUUCCCCAAAUUGUUCUCUUAAUUUUAUGAAGACACCUUCACAUUUUGGUGCCACCACGGUCCGUUGAUACUUUAUCUGCAUCUUUUCCGCAUCCUGUUCGCGACACGCAACCUCCGACCACCGGUACCUUGCUCCCACACCAUUGCCCAUUGCGACACCGCCAUAUCCCACCUAGUCUGUUGUUGUAUUUCCCGGUCCCUCACAUCAGCUGUUUAAUCGAGCGACACGGGCUCUCUUGACCAUCCCUCGGGUCACUUGGCGCGGGGGAGCUCAAAGCGCGUCUCUUUCGCAAAACCCGGCGCGCCGGGUGCUGCCCUCCAAAGUCGACUUGAACACCACCUCCCCGCGUGACGAAACCUCCCACGACUCAGUCAAGAUCUCUUUGCGCUUUGUUCAUCGCCUUCAGGGCCCUCCACAUAUUUGAAUUCAAAACCCAAACGGGCAGGUACUGCCACAUCCGCCAUCAUGAGUGCCGUCAAGAACCUUCGCGCCAUGUUUGAGCAAAAGGGGGAAAACAGUCCUCCAGACCGGGGUCGUUCGCCUGGUGCGCCUUUUGUUUCCGGCGCCGAGUCCCCACGUCCGCUGGCCAAAGUCCGAACGAGCUUCAUCGCAAUCGAAAAAGACGGUAGGAUGGGCUUGACACGAGAAGGCAGCCAGGAUUCAGUGCCGGGGAUUCGAAAGCUCAGCGGUGGAUCUAGCGAAAUGACGACGCCGACUGCUGGAAAGGAGAUCUCGAAUCCGUUCGAGAAAUUUGAGAGGCUCACGAGCACACCAAAAACUUUCCUUGGAGACCAACCAAUUGUGGAAUCACCACAGGCGAAGGCAGAAGAGAAAACGGCGACAUCGCCGGUCAAGGAAGUGAAUGUCGCACAAACACCGACCGCACCUAUUGUGAAGGAGGAAGUGAAGACCCCAGAGCCAGCCCUGGAUGGCACUGCGGAGAAGACAGUCACACCAGCACCAAAGCCGGAGACCAAAGAGCCAGUAAACGAGACAAGCGGUGCGAAUGAGGAGAAGGAGACGACUGCCACCAAGGAAGCCACGAAACCCACCACCACCACCACCAUCACACCACAGCCGGCAGUGAAGCCGAUGACAACUUCUUCGACAGGAAAGCUCGAUGUAAAAUCUGCGAAAUCGCCAGUCACCACCAAGCCCCCGAAGAGCCCAGCUCUGAGACCUCAGCCGAAUUUGGCUGCGCCUAAACAGACGCCCGAAAGGAAAGUGUCCCACACCGAAAAGACAAUGACACCAAAAGCAGCCACUCCCGCCGCAAAGGCCUCUGCUCCUUCCUCGGUGAAGAAGCCACCUCCGCUCCAUGCAUCCCCCGCAGCCACAGGGUUUGUCAAGCCAAAGGUCAAGUCACCAACAAGACCAGUCAAGCUUCCUCCAGGCCUCACAACGCAUACGGCUGCCUCCGGUUCCAAGGUCCACGGCGACAGCGCACAACACGCCAGUUCCCUCGCACGCUCCGCCAGCAGAACAAGCAUGUCGGGCACCACUGGCAAAGCCGCCCCGGGUAAAACGCUCAAACGACAGAGUUCGACCGUUGGCCGCUCCCGGCCGAGCAUAGGACCCCCUCCGCCUCAGCCAGCCAAGGACCAUGCUCCUAAGAAGGAGAAGCCGGUUGACGAGAGUUUCCUCGCGCGUAUGAUGCGGCCUACCCAAGCCUCUGCCAACAAGGUCACACAAAAGGUGCCCAUUUCUCCACCCAGACAUGGACCAGCCUCCCGGAGAACAUCCCCAGCGUCUAAGCCCCGCGUUAAGAAGGCUGUCUCACGACCACAUAGUGCCACGUCAGGACAUAGCGCACCUUCAGCAUCGCAGACCAGCCUGGCUCCAGCCGCCGAGAUUGUUCCCGCUUCAAAGUCUGCCGAGGACGACGCUAAGCACGCCGCUCUCGAUGCCGUGUCUGAGAAGACGGCGGUUCAGGAGGUAGCAGUCCUUGCGGAGCAGGCUGAAACCGCCGAGGAGGCCGUGGAAGCCGCCAAGGAGGUUGAGGGUGAGAUCACUCUGCCAGAGACUUCCCCUGGGGUCAAGGCUGUCACAAACAGCAUGGAGCGCAUGAGCGUCGGGUCUGCCGAUUCCAAGGCCGAAGUGAGCGGACAUAGCAACGACAAUACCUCUUCCCCCUCUCCUUCUGCCACAGAAGAAACCGAGGCUUCCGUCAUCGACAACAAGGAGAGCCAUUCCGAAAUCUCCGCUAUCGCCGCCUAAUUACCUGUCGCGACGGACUCGACACCUUGUUUAAUUCUUUGUAUUCUUCUUGACCGCGGACCAUGGUACCGCACUUUGUUACCUUUUAACACCCCCAAAGAGGGAUUUUGGCUUAUCGGUUUUGCAUUGCUCUUUUAAGCGCUGCUAAUGACACCUAUUUGUUUGGUAUUGGUUGGAGGGAACGCGACCAAAAAAACUCCCAGCUUCUUCUUAUGAUACCUUUUUGUGUGUGUG